AUGUUAAUUAUCACAGGAACAACUACUAUCAUGACAAUUAGUGGAGUGGCCUUAUUAUAUAAUAUAUUACAACGUGAAUUGCUUUAUCCAUCUAAUUGGCCAAUGGGAUCUAGGAAAUUUGUAUCAAAACCAUCGGAAUAUGGAAUUCCUUAUUCGGAGAUUAAAUUAUUUACAAAAGAUAAUGUUCGUCUAAGAGCAUUUGUAUGUAAACAACCGAUAGAUCGAGAAGCUAAAAAACGACCUACUAUUAUAAUGUUUCAUGGUAACGGAGGAAAUAUGGGACAUCGAUUACCAAUAGCACGAAUUUUUUAUCUCGAGUUAAAUUAUAAUGUAAUUUUAUUAUCUUAUAGAGGAUAUGGCCGAAGUGAAGGAACACCAGCAGAAAAGGGGUUACGUAUAGACGCACAACAAAAGUUAAUUCCACAUUUAAUUCCAAAAUUUUCAUUUUUACGUUAUUUUUCAUUUUUAUGUUGGCAAAAUUGGCGUUCAGAGAAUUCUAUACAAAAAAUUAAAAUUAUACCAAUAUUAUUCUUAUCAGGAACAAAAGAUGAAAUUAUACCACAAGAACAUAUGAAAGGAUUAUUUGAAUUAACUAAAACUAGUGGUGGUAAAGAAUGGCUAGAAUUUUCAAACGGUAAUCACAAUAAUACAAAUUCUCAACCUGGUUAUUUUCAAUAUAUUAGGAAAUUUGUUAAACGAUAUAUUGAUUUAGAUGAAGCGUAA